AUGUUACUCAAGAAUAUAGAAAAUACAACCAAGUUCUCAGCGUCUACGGUCCAUUUAGAUCAUCUAACUACUGCGUUGAAUUGUUUAGUCCCAUUCGUAAAGACAGGUGCGAAUAAAGAUGACGUUUUAAUAUAUGUCGAUAAAGAUGGCUUAUCAUUUAUUAGAGAGAGUAACCAUGUCAUUAGAAUACAAUUAUACCUUUCCAAAGAAUUGUUCCUCUCUUAUACUUAUUUAAAUGGUUCUACAACCUCUUCAGCAAUUGGAAAUAAUGAUUCGGAGGAACAUCGUCCCGAUGGUGGUGAAGACGAUCAUAUGGAGAUUUGUGUGAAAAUCAACCACAUACUAGAUAGUAUUAACGUGGCAAAUCGAAAUAUAGAUGAUAUAAUAGAAUGUACAUUAUCAUAUAAUGGAGAUGGUUACCCCUUUGUCUUGAUUUUUGAAGAUUCAUUCAUAUCUGAAAAGGUAGAAUAUUCAACAUUUAUUGUCAAAGAUAUGGACAAUUUUGGGUUAAUCUUAGAUAAAGAGCAUAUCAUUUUUGAAUGUAUCAUUAAAGGAGAUGUACUAUACAAAGCAUUAAAGGAUUUAAAAGAAGUUAACUGUAAAGAGUGUUACAUCUACGCAAAGACCAGUGAAAAUGGGAACGAUACCUUUGCAUUCAUCUCAAAAUCUGAUUUAGGUUAUUCGAAGGUAAGAUUACCAAAUUCAAGAUCAAUAUUAGAGAAAUUACAAAUCUAUGAGAACGAUUCUACAACUAUAUGUCAUGAUGUACCCGCUAUAGGAUUUUUCGAUUUCAACUCCCUGGAUAAAAUAAGAAUCAGUACUAAAAUUGCUAGCAAGGUACUUCUCCGAAUGGAUAUACAUGGUCUGCUGAGUGUUAAUAUUUUAAGUCAAACUGAAGAUAUUGUCAUAACUGAUGUCAAUAAAGUAGAUAAUAACACUUCAAGGGCAACUAAUAGAAAUAUGAGUUUACCUAAAAACUAUCCAGGAAUUGUAAUAGAUGUCACAAUGUUAGAAAAGGAGACAAUUGAUGUAAAUGCACAACGAGAUAUCGAAUUAUUAAUGGAAACAAAUGAAAUGGGCGAAUAUAUAAUAAACCCCCCCAAAUCCAUUAAAAUCCAAGAAACAUCCACGAGGGAAAAGCUUGAUAGUAGCAUUAAUUUGCUAGCUUUAGAUAAUUCAAGAGCGAUCAAAGUGCCUGAUUCAAACCCAAAUGCAGAGGAGUCAGAUGAUGAUGAUGAACUUAAUGGUAAACAAUAUGAUAUUGAUCCAACAAACAAUCUACCUUUAUUCUUCUGA